AUGAGACAAAGAAAAGGCACCGUUGCUGUCAGAGAGCUUUUCUCCCUGCUGAAUUCCAAGGCCGGCUGCAAACAAUGGACGUGGGAGAGCGUCACAAAAAAAGUUUGCAACUUUAUGUCUCAUGAAAAGUGCCUCAAGCAUGUGAAGAUACCAUGCUCGUGUAUUGCGUCAAGUCUCGUAAGGAUUCCAGUUGCACAUUGUUUUGGACCUCCGGGACAUUACAAAAGAAAGUUUUGCACCGUGUGCAGAAAGCAGUUAGAGUCCCUUGCAUUUCGAUGUGAAGUGUGUGAACUACACGUGCAUACAGAUUGUCUCCCGUUUGCUUGCAGCGAUUGUCGUCAGUGCCAUCAAGAUGGGCAUCAGGAUCAUGACACAUACCAUCAUCACUGGAGGGAGGGAAAUCUCUCGUCCAGUGCUCGCUGUGAGGUCUGCAAGAAAACCUGUGGCUCUUCGGAGGUGCUGUCUGGCAUGAGGUGUGAGUGGUGUGGCAUUCUGGCUCAUGCUUCUUGCUACAUUAUUGUACCACCAGAAUGUACUUUUGGAAGAUUAAGGAAUAUGAUUCUUCCGCCGAAUUGUGUGCGGUUAGUUUCUCGCAAUUUCAGCAAAAUGCACUGUUUUCGAAUAUCAGAGAGCCUGCAAACAGAACCAGAUGAAGAUGAGGAUGUUGAUGGCUUAACACAAGGGUCAGUGAAAGAUGCCCAAAUUUCAACAGAUUCAAGUAAACAAACAUUAAAGAUCUUUGAUGGGAAUGAUGCAGUAAAACGCAAUCAAUUUCGACUGAUUUCCGUUCCAAGGAUUGCAAAAAGUGAGGAGGUUGUGGAGGCAGCGCUGAGGGCAUACUACGUAAAUGAUGAUCAGCAGCACUAUGAGCUCCAGACAUUUUCUCAGCAGACCUUGUUUUCUGAUGACAUCAUCAACAGGAAUGAUGCCACUGAAGAAACCAACCCAGGUCCAGUGUUCAGAGAGGCGGUUCCCGAAGCUUGGAUCAUCAGAGCCAAAUCUAAGGAUCACGAAGUAAUAAGAAUUUAUCCCGGUUGGCUGAAAGUGGGAAUGGCAUAUAUCUCUCUACGAAUAGAUAAGGAAAGCACCACCCAGACAGUAAUUAAAGAAGUUCUCCGGCUAUUAGGACGGCAGACGGAAUGCCUCCAGAAUUUCAAACUUCUAGAAGUACUUAUGGCCAGUAAGCAAGUUCAGCGAAUGGUGCUGGAUGACCAGGAGAUGAUCCUUAGCAGACUUAGGGACAUAAGAAAGACUUCAAUACGUCAGAUGAAUCAGACAAGAUUUUACAUUGUAGAAAAUAAUAAAUCUGUUGUGCGGGUAAAUUUGUUUGUGGGUGGCUUGCCACCUCAGCUCUCUGCUGAAGAAUACACUAACAUCCUCAAGGAUGACUUAGCUAUCAAAACAAAUCUGCUUUCUUUGAGUCAUGUUUACUCAGUGCAAGGUGCUGUUGUACUUGAAAUGUCUUGUUUUUCUGAAGCUGAAAGAAUAUAUAUGCUAGCUAAAGAUACAACGGUCAAUGACAAACAGCUUACUGCCGCUGUGAUUCCUGAAGUUCUGCAUACCAAGCUACCACAGAACUGCUGUCCACUACUUGUCUUUGUGAAUCCCAAAAGUGGAGGUUUGAAAGGCCGAGAUCUACUCUACAGUUUUAGAAAACUGCUAAAUCCUCAUCAGGUCUUUGAACUCACUAAUGGAGGUCCACUGCCUGGAUUUCAUACAUUCUCUCAAGUUCCCUAUUUCCGAGUGCUGGUGUGCGGUGGUGACGGCACAGUUGGUUGGGUCCUUGGUGCGCUGGAGGAAAUCAGACACAUGCUCGUCUGUUCAGAGCCCUCUGUAGCCAUCUUACCUUUAGGAACAGGUAACGAUUUAGGGAGGGUGCUUCGCUGGGGAGCUGGCUAUAGUGGGGAAGAUCCCUACUCUAUUCUGAUAUCUAUAGAUGAAGCUGAUGAUGUACUUAUGGAUCGCUGGACCAUCCUUUUAGAUGCUCAGGAGGCUGUUGAAAGUGCAGAGAAUGGUAUUUUGGAACCUGAUCCUCCAAAGAUUGUACAAAUGAACAACUAUUGUGGCCUUGGAAUUGAUGCAGAAUUGAGCUUGGGCUUUCACCAUGCUAGAGAAGAAGAACCAGGCAAAUUUAAUAGCAGGUUUCACAACAAAGGAGUCUAUGUAAAAGUUGGACUGCAGAGGAUAAAUCACACCAGAAACCUUCACAAAGAGAUAAAACUUCAAGUGGACCAGCAUGAAGUUGAGUUACCAAGUAUCGAGGGACUCAUUUUCAUUAAUAUCCCCAGUUGGGGGUCUGGAGCUGAUCUCUGGGGAUCUGACCACGAUAAUCGAUUUGAGAAACCAAGAAUCGAUGAUGGCUUACUGGAAGUCGUGGGGGUGACCGGUGUUGUGCACAUGGGCCAAGUACAGAGCGGUCUGCGAUCAGGGAUCCGCAUAGCCCAAGGAGCUUACUUCCGUGUGACGCUUCUGAAACCAACGCCCGUUCAAGUAGAUGGGGAACCCUGGAUCCAGCCGCCAGGCCAGAUGAUCAUUUCGGUUGCAGGACCGAAGGUCCACAUGUUGAAAAAAUCCAAACAGAAGCAGAAAAAAACUGGAAGCUUGAAAGAGACAAGAACAGAUAAUGUAUCAAUCACUGAAGUGGGACAUUGAACUGAGCGGACCUUUACAGAACAAAGGCAGCCCAGCUACUGUAGAUGAAAGGAGCCUGCCCUGUACCGCUUUGUGCAGGGGUUUGGUAAAGAAGGGUUCCGAAUGAGCCUGCCCUUUAGUCCAUUGUAGUAGUACUGUGUUCUGCUUGGUUUGUUAAAUGAUUGUGCCUCAUUAGGUGGCUGACGCACACCUACUCAUAUACCACUAAUUUCAUUCGAAAUGUUUGCCUUUGGUAGCCUUCCCUAAACCAUUGCCCAGUUUUUGGUUUGUACCAGUAGAUAACACAGCUCUACCCUAUGGAGCUCUUCACACUUGGUUUUGCAACAUUUUCAUUUUGUUAAGAAAUUUCUAGCCUUUUUGUUACAUAAUCUUCCAUAGACAAAUCAUCGCAAGGUUCUGUUAAACUAACCCUGAACAACAGUCUUCCAACAAACAGAACUGUAGUAGUUGCAUCUCUUUGCUGUUGUGCUGUGACCUUCUUGGGCAAGGCCAAACACCACAAUUUGAGGCGUCGCUGUUUGAGACCAUGUUACUCGAGAUGAAUAACCGUAAUGAUAAUGAUCCCAACGUGAAGAGCGCUGUGUACAGAGGAGAAAAACGGCGCUGAAACACUCAAGUCAAAAUGGCUAAGACAGUAUCGUUUCAAGGUGGUUUACUUGGACAAAGUGGAUGGGGACAAAAAUAUGUUUUAAACAGUUAUGAAAUGGUCUAGCCUCUUCCAGUCA